CUCCUGUUCAGUAGUGCUUUACAUAGUUCAUCAAGAAGCAUAUCGGUUAAAGUAAUGUAGGGAGAAAUGGUGUCUGUGGAGGAACCUAGAAGGAUCACCACAGAACUGCGAAAAGAAAAGUCGCGAGAUGCAGCGAGAUCUCGGCGAAGCAAGGAAACAGAGGUUUUUUAUGAACUGGCUCACACACUUCCCCUCCCUCGAGGGGUCAGCUCCCACCUGGACAAAGCCUCCAUCAUGAGGCUAACAAUCAGUUACCUAAGACUGAAUAGUCUCAUUGCAUCAGAGAAACUGAAAGAGAAGUUAGAACAAGAUGAGCAGACAGAUAACUUUUUUAUGAAAGCCCUCGAUGGGUUUCUCAUGGUUCUUACAGAAGAAGGAGACAUGAUGUAUCUGUCAGAGAAUGUGAACAAGCAUUUGGGCCUGGCUCAGCUGGAGUUGAUUGGACACAGCAUUUUUGAUUUCAUUCACCCAUGUGACCAGGAUGAGUUAAAAGACUUGCUGACUUUCAGACAAGCUGAUUCCAAGAAGAAGACUAAGGAGGCCUGCAAUGAGCGCACUUUCUUCACACGAAUGAAGAAUACCUUGACAAGCCGUGGACGCACUGUCAACCUGAAGUCUGCUACAUGGAAAGUCCUUCGAUGCUCAGGACACCUCCAUUCUUUUACAUGUAAGGAGGAAACGGAAACUGGGUAUUCAGAACAGCCCAUGAACUGCUUGGUAAUGAUUUGCGAGCCCAUCCCUCAUCCAUCAAAUAUUGAGUUUCCGUUGGACAGUAGAACAUUUGUGAGCCACUGCAGCAUGGACAUGAAGUUCACAUAUUGUGAUGAGAGAGUUAAUGUGCUGGCAGGAUACCAUCCUGAUGACCUGAUUGGCUGUUCGGCGUUUGAAUACUUCCAUGCUCUAGAUUCUGACUCCCUUUCCAGGUGCAUCCAUACCUUGUUGAGCAAAGGACAGGUCUCUACAGGACAGUACAGAUUCCUUGCCAAGAAUGGUGGCUUUGUAUGGAUGCAGACUCAAGCUACAGUCAUGUUUAAUGCCAAGAACUCUCAACCUGAAAGUAUUAUUUGUAUCAACUUUGUCCUCAGCAAUGUUGAAGAGAGUGACUAUAUAUUCUCAUUGGAGCAGACAGAACAUAAGACAAAUGGCAAGGCUAUAGAUACCAAGGCAAACUCGUCAGACGAAGGUGGUGAUCUCAGGUCCCAUCUGAACAGGAGCACAGAGGACCUUUCCCAGCUGGCAGCAUCACCUGAAGAGGCCAUUGUUCCACUUGACUUAAGCAUGCCAGGAGUCAAGGAGAAUAGAGUGUUUGCCUUUUUGAAUCCUUCAAACAUAAAGGAUGAAGAACUGCUGCGUACCCCAGAGAAGUACUGUAGUCCUGACCUCAAGAAGCUGCUGUCACCAAUAUUCGAUAGUCCAAAGUCGAAGAUGGUGUCAGUCAAAUAUGAAAAAGAAAAUAAGCCAGAUGAUGAACCAAAGAGCCCAGCACAGUCAGUGGUGAAUGGUGGAGAUGAGUUCCUACAACAACUGGAAAAUGUGCGUCGAUUCUUUGCAGUCAGUGAAGAAGCACAUAAGCUGGGUGCAGCUGUGGAGGAUGGUGAUCUUGAUUUGGAAAUGCUAGCUCCAUACAUCUCCAUGGAUGAUGAUUUUCAACUAGGAGUGAUAGACCAUCUUAAUUCACCUGAAGGGAAUGAGCGUGUGGUUGAUGAAAUUGAGGCUGUACCACCUAACAGCUAUCUACCUCUUGUUUUUGCCGAUGACCCGAGGGAGAAGUCUGAGUGUCGUCCCCGCUCCAGCAGUUUUAAUGGUGUUAACGUACACAACCCAGAAAAGGAGGAGAACAGGAACCUUCAUCGUUGGGGAAGUCUGAGUGUCCUUCACCAGACCACUAAAGAACCCCAGGCUGGACAGGAACAUGAUUCCAGCAGCAUCACAGAAGAUGACUCAAUACCCUUUCUAGAAGUCGAAAUUGGUAAAACCUUGCUCAGCAGCGUAAAGCCAGCUAAAAAAGAAAGCUCAUCAGAUGUAGAGAUGGAGGAAGAACCACUUUCUAAUGUGGAAACAUCUCAGAACCUGAAACGUAAACACCAGCCAGAAAAUGAUGAGUUGUUAUUACACUCCAUGAGCCUGGGCCUCUUGCUGAACUCAGACACAGAUGGAGCAGAAACCAACUGUACAAAAAGGGUAAAACGUAUGGAUGGCAACGUGGAGAAGAAGCAACAAAUACUGGCAACAUCUGAGGCACUGUUAAACAAACUGCUGCCAUAUUCAUCUGAAGGCCCUACACUUUCUGCUACUCUCUGCUAUGACUUUGAGGAUGACCCACCGCUGCAAAACAGCCACCACUUUUUACAGGGCGAGGAGCUCCUUACUGUACUCGACCAGGCAACCUGAAGUGCAUCCAUGCUAAUGAGCUGCAUUUGCAAAAAUCAAGUGGAUCAGCAGUUCUGAAAGCAUAAUGUCUUGGCCUCACAGCCUGUAACCCUCUUCAUCAAGUCUAUAUUGAUCCAUACAAGAGUCUUCAUUAUGUUUCACAGCCAAUUCAAUAUGUGUGUACCUCAUUUAACUGGGUUUUGUUGAAUAACCUGCAUUUCUCCUUACAGUGUUUAUGACAUUAAGAAGUCCAGUGCACCAUGAAUGAGCCUUAUACAAAUCACUGACUGAAUUUUGAACUUCAGAAUCCUUUAGAUUCUAGAGAACUGUGAUCUUCCAAGUUAUUACUGCAGCGUGUUUAUUUUUUAUUGCUUUUUUCAUCAUUGUCAUUUUACAAGUAUUGAAUUUCUUGUAGGAAUUUACAAUGUCUUCAUGUGGGCAUAACUCAUUAAUAUUUUGUAAAAGGGAUUUUUUUAAGGUUGUUUUUCAUAUGGGUCUUUUAUGAACUGGCAAAACUGGAGAUUGAACCCUUCAAACAUCAGAUGUAGAGAUGCAACAUCUUGUAUGCUUGUUGAGUCCCGAGUUUCUGAUUACAGGGGUUGCUAAAUCAUUGUGGUUAGCCAGUCCUAAACGCACUAGGGGAUUUUGAAAAUAAAUGUUUUGCUAAUGUUA